AUGCGUUAUCUCAUAUCUACCCUGCUACUCGUAGUAGCAGUACAAGCCCAUUACAAGUUUCCGAGGCUCAUUGUCAACGGACGGCCCGAAACUGCCGACUGGCUUUCCGUACGCCGUACUAAAGUCCAGAAUUCACGCGACAAUGGUGCCGUCUCGGACGUGAAUAGUCCCGAUUUUCGCUGUUUCGGAGGGAGCCCUGGGACAGCCACCACGACCGUAGUAGCCGGCGAUACUCUGGGUUUUGUGGCGUCAUCAGGAAUCAUGCAUUUCGGCCCCUGCCAGUUUUACAUGGCGAGGGUUCCCGAGGACGCCAACAUAAACACAUGGGAAGCUGAUGGCGACGUUUGGUUCAAGGUUGGGAGUAUCAGUGCCGUGGAAGGCAACGGCCCGCUUGGUGGCGAUGAAAAGGCUUGGCCUGCCUAUCGCAAGACCGAAGUGAGCUUUACGGUACCUACUAGUUUGCCGAGUGGCAAAUAUCUCGUCCGUGUCGAGAGUAUUGCCCUUCAUCUUGCACAAAAUCCUGGAGGUGCCCAGUUCUACAUUAGUUGCGGACAAGUCGAGGUUACAGGAGGCGGAGACGGUACGCCAGGGCCAUUGGUUGCAUUCCCGGGGGCAUACAAGGCAAACGAUCCCGGGCUACUCUGGCCGUAUUCACCUCCGAGAACUAGCUACACUGCUCCAGGACCGCCUGUAUGGGAGGCAUAA